UCAUUACCAUACCGGUCAAAGGUCACCUGGUCACAACAAGAAGUGGACUCUUCUGUUUGUGUCAGCCGUGAAUGCUGCGAAAAACAACAUUUUUUUUGCUGACAGACUAUUGCGAUUUCUCAAAACAAACCCAGGGGCUCGGGAGUAGACAUCCAGCUAACUUUGAAGUUUUUGACUGUCGGAUCAGGAGCAUCUAUCACCAUGAGACAGAUCGUCAUCAACCACAAAGACUACGUCCUCUUUGGGGAUGAGCUCUGCACCGACUCCUACGUGUUCUUCAACAAGCACAAAUCAGCAUUUGAGCGCAUGAUGGAAGAUCAGGGGCAGCUCUUUUGGAGACGUUACCUUGUAUCCUUCAAGGCACAUUGCAUCGACAAUAGCCUCAUUGCUCACCCUAAACAAAAGGGCACUUCCUACAGAUAUGUGGUGCUGGAUGGAUUUAACUACCUGGACAUGCAGAUUUUGAACUAUACGAAACCUGCAACCAGAACAAAAGCCUUCAUAGAAGACAUGGCAAUUAUCGGCAACUACCAGCACCUGCUCAACACCAUUGAUACCAAGAAACGGGCUCAAGAUCCAUUUUGCAAAGCCGAGUGUCGGGAGGUUUACAGGAAAGUGUUUGCAGAAGAAGGCGUUGGACCUUUUGCUCGAGUCAAGGCGUGGGUUUUCUGCCCGAUCUACCUGCGACUAGCAGCCUCCCUGAGCGUGCUCCUACGCAAGUGGAUGGAGGCCAGCGAAACCGAGGACCAGCACUCCUACUGGGUGUCUCCGCCCUGCGACAUGUUCCUCCGCUACGAGUUCUCAGACGAGGCCUUCAAGCUGCUCGCGAGCGAGGUGGAUCCUGAUAUCCGGUCGGUGAGCCGGCAGAAGAUCAGUAGGCUGGAGAUGGAGAAAUACGGAGAGGACUUCAUCGAUCAAUACCUGCCGUGCCUGCAGUUGGAGAGCAAGAACGAAUUGCUUUCAAAUGCAGAAAGGAGAAGAGGAUACAGAAUUCAAACCCUGGAGAAGCCCGGGUGCUACAGCUUAGACUUCGUUGCCAGGCCGCUAAACAAAAGCCAGUCAAUCAGCUCCCAGGAAUACGGCAUCGCUAGGAUCAACGUGGUCCGACAUCAACAUCGGGUUCCUGCAAACUCAUACAUGCGCUGGAAACCGAAGGAUGAAAACGACGAGCAUGUUGAGGAAGACGUGCGCACGGUGAUCGACCUCCUGACAAAUGAGGAAAGGAAGCGUUUCUAUUGCGGCAUUGUCGCGGAGAAGGAACGCCGGCAACAGACGGAUAAUCCGCCGCCAGAAAGCCCCCUGGCGGAAUACAUCAAGGAGUACAGCCCAGCCAUAUCUGCAAUCAAGAAAGCCCAGCCCAUGAAACUCAAGAAGCCUUAUGUCUACAAGAGGUGCUCCAUGUGCCACAAGAUUGAAGAUGAGAAGAGAACGUUCAAGUUUUGCAAGAUUUGUCAUGACAGGAAUGCUGAUCACUGCAGAUCCUACUGCGGCAGGAAAUGCCAAGUGGAUGACUGGGAUCGCCAUCGGAACGAGCACAAGGAAAUUGAGCGAAUCCAGCGCGUGAUCGAGGACGACUUUCCCGAGGACUGGGCCCUGGAGUUUGACCGCUUCACGGUCGGUCACUUCCGGGUCAGGGAGGCUGACCCCAUGGUGGAGGCCAUGAAGAAACAGAUGGAGAGACAGAUCAUUGAGGAGGAGACUAAAGCGAAAUUGGAAGCCUUGGAGUGUCUUAGCGAUUGAGUUAGGAUGAUCUCUACUCACACUUAAGAGUGGACCACAACAAGUAUUUUAAAAACUGUUCAACCAGUUCGCGCUGGAUGACGUGUAUACCAGCAAAGGUUUUGCAGUAUUCGGAACGGAAGACGGAUAAAGCAAGGCCGGAUAUAUAUGUCAGGGACCUGCUCGCAGCGAGCGAGGCCGGAAAUACGAGUGUGCUGCCCGAGGGUGAUGGCUUUAACCCGCCAGGCUUAAGGUGGAGUGAAAAGUAAUCCCACGCCUCGUUCCGUUCUUGUCAAAAUAGUCCUGGUGUGGUUAAAAAUUCAAUUUUGACUUGAAUCAUGUGCCAGUAUUGCAAUUUAAUGCCAACUGCAAGUCUAUCUUGUCCAGAUGACCUGAGUAACCUAUUGUGUCGGCCAUAUCUCAAAAAGAAUAAUGGCACAGUAAGGCAAUGAGCAGUUAGAUUCUCGUGUUGAUAGUUUGACCACAGAU